ACUUCUGCCCAUUGGUUGGUUAGCAUUUUACUGCAUCCUUCGAAUCUACAUGGCUUUUCCCCGCCAUAAAGCAUUCCUCCUUUGUUUAGCUAUGUCGGACUCGGCAGUGAGACGUUCAGUUUCCGACCUCUUAAGGGAAGCUGCCAAUAGAUUGGAAGAAUUAGAACGCUGUACGUUUGGGAUCUGAAAUGUUUUUCUGUGGUGCUUUGAACAUUUUUUUUAACUUUUACUUUACUUUUACAUAAACAGCUUCCAGUUCGAGUAUCAGUGGUGUGGAACCCGAGGAAGGCCAGAGGAGUAACGUUCCCUGUAAGCUCGCUAGCAAGCUUUCGACUGGCUGGUUUUCUCUCUAAUUUAGAGUAAUUUAGCUAAUCCAAAAUGUUUUAACCUUAUUCACAGAUGAGUUUAAGGUAAUUUAAGACUUGGCGAGCGAUUUAUAUGUUACUUUGGUGGCAAGUCUUAGAGGAGAACGUAACAGUUACCGCUCUCUGUUGUAACUUAGUUUAAUGUCAGGCUUAGUUAGAAGCCGUGUGACUAUGGCAAGCCGUUUUAUCAUACAUUCGGUUUUUACCGCCCGUACGUUCCACAUAUCUCAAAUUGUCUUAUGACUAGACGUUUUUGCGAUUUAAGAUAUCUCUAAUUAUAUUUUGACCAGUCAAAAUACCUAUUCGAGAUAUCUUUAAUUACAUUCUGACUAGUCGAAAUGACGUCAGAUUUACCAUUGAGCUUUACCACAGUAUAAAAACUGCAUCUGGUUAUUAAUUGAACUGGCCUUGGUUGCGGAAUAUUCCUUAUUUCCAGCUUGGACAUGGGUCGAUAGAAGCGCUUUCAGCUUCCCUAAGCCGUUUUUCAGUGCAUUGUGUGUGUGUUUUAGAUAUCUGGAACGGAUAGUCAGACGAAACCAAAUUUAUGUUAAAACAUCUUGCCAUAUGUAGGCUAACGUUACUGUGUAAGCGGGCGUAAAAUGGUCAUAACUACUUUGUACUUUUUAAAAAGUUGAGCAGCGAUGCAGAUGUAACGUUAACGUUGUACAGGCAACCUCAUCUUGAAACGUAAUGGUAGGUUCUGUAGUUCACCAGUUUAUUUAUCAAUUAGUGCUACUUUACGCAUCCGUAAAUAUAUCGACAUGAACUAACUUUACUAAACAUCAGCUCUAUGUGCAGUAAUGUUUUUAACGAGAAUUAGCUCUUCACAUCUUCCGGUGUAUUACCAUAAAUUACUCUGCCACGCGAGAAGCGGCGGAGAAAGGAAACAAAUGCGAGGCUGCAGAACCGGUGAUAGGAGUUACAUGCUACGCUAGUGAGAGACACGCACACAAACAUACGCUGUCUUUUCGUCACGAGUGCAAGAUCACUUAGCAAUGAACUCUGAAGGUACCACAUCUACGCUCCUGAAAAAACAAUAAAUUGUGCACAGAUGCAAAUGUCAUAGAUAAGCUCUGCUCUCCGGACAUAUCAAUAAAUUGUUUCCCUUUCAAUGCCGACAGAAUUCACAGUUGCCAUGGUUACUGCUGUGUUUAUACCACUGGUAGCAGCUACGGGCCAUCAGCCAACUAUCACUAGCAAACAACCGAGUGCAAAUCAUGAUGGAUUUUUAUCUAUAACUGCAAGCGACUUCAUCCAAGCAAAUCUAAAGACUGACCUUGCAAAAUUCAGUCAGCAACAGAGCAGACACCAGCAGCAAGACCAGGAACAGCCAGUCAUUCUUCUAUGGGCCGACAUCCUGUUGAUGGUAAGUUAGUUUGCUGACAACCUGUGAUCUCUAAUAUGUAACCUUCCUAAAGUGAAAGCUGCUGUGAUGUUAAGUUCAAAUAUAGCAUGAGGUUUUGUGUUGCUAGCAUUUGUUUUCUAUAUUAUUCCCUUUUUCUAGCUGAAGUGUUGAGGCUGUUUGCACCCUACACUAGGCAGGCUGGUGGUGCUAUGGGUUGGUCAAGACAACCAAGGCGUGCCAACAACCAGCAAACGAGUUCUGCCAGUGCACCUUCUCACACACCCAGAUUUACAUACACGCACACAUUUUGUGCCCUUGCUCGUAAAGACUGUGCAGUGGUGCCCACAAGGGCUGAGAAGGAGCGCCUACUAAGAGCAGGAUUGGGGGAGAGGCGCCUGUGCUUUCGAGGUGACCUACACAGCCCACAGCAGUUUACGGAAUUUGUAUAUAUAAAUUAUCCAAAGUUGAGAGAUGCUGGGGGGUUUGAGUUUAUGAGGAUUUGUGGCAACACCAGGAGUCGACAGCUGUCACUUCUCCCUUGUCCAGAUCAGGGCUACACUGCCCAAUACUUAAAGGAUCCUGUUCUCCUCAUCCACCAAACCACAUUAUACAUUCGCCCCCUUCAGUGUAAUGUCAGCACAGAACAGGAAAUUAUUGGUAGACCUUCAGAAAUUGGACCCUCAACACCAUGUCUUCUGUGUGGAGAGGAAUUUCCAUUUUCCCACAUAAGGGAACACAAUAGGACCUGUGAACGUGAGUUACAGGGUGACAGGACCCAAAACAGGGAGAGGGAAAGUGGGACAGGGACAGCCAGUGCCUCGGCCUCAGCAUCAACCUCACAUGACCCAGGACUAGAUGUGAAUGAGGCAGGAGCAGCAAGUGCCACUGAAAACCCACCCACAGAGGCCACCAUUGAUGUAGCAAGAGGAAUAGCACCUGGUCCUGGAAUCCCACCUACUGAGGUCACUACUGAUUCUUGGGUUACACAACUGGACCCAGAGAAAGCAGCCCAGCUUUUCACACAGGCAGCUCUAGAAAAGAAUCAACAUAUGGAGCCCCUCACAUUCACCCUGAGUCUCAUGGACUCUGAAGAAGAGAGACACAGAGCGAUCAUCUCAAUAUACAAGAGGCCCAGGGUGGAAUGGGCAAGGCCCCUAACUUGCAGAUUGAUUGGUGACUCUGCUAUUGGUGAAGGCGUAACGCGGCAUGUGUUGUCCACUGUGAUGGGAGCUGUCCAGAGUGGUUUCCUUCUGGAUGAAAAAAAAGGGAAAAUGCUUCUCUUCGAGGGAGAGAGUGACCACCUUAUUCCCUCAACAAGUCGGGAGCUCCUGGAGGGUGAUUUAUUUGUGACUGCAGGAAGGAUGGUUGGUCAUUCAUUCUUGAAUGGGGGCCCAUGUCUCACUGGCCUAAGCACAGCAAUCAUCCAUGUACUUUUUGGCGGCAGUCCAGAGAUGGCAACCAUAUCCCUGUCAGACUGUGUGGAUCAGGAUGUCCGGGAUGUCUUGGCACUGUUGGAAGGAACCAAGGACCUGUCCGAAGAAGACAAAUCCCAGAUUCUUUCUGUGACACUGCCCUGGGACCUGCCUGGUGUCACAAUGAACAACAGGUGGUGGCUGAGGGAGAAAAUACUGAUCCAUGCUGUUCUUGGACGGACAACCCAGCAGGUUAAACAAAUCCGACGAGGCCUAAAAGACACGGGUGUCUGGGAGUUUUUUAGCUCCAGGCCAGAUGCUGUGGAAGUCCUAUUCCCAAGGGCCUGCAAUGCAGAGAUCACGCCACAAAUGAUUUUGGACAAUAUCAACUGGCCAAGGGAUGAGGACAUUGAUGAGGACAUCGUCAGCCUGGAGGACCACUGCAGAAUAAUGACCUUCCUCCGUAAAUUUAUAGAGGAUGGUACUCCGGAAGUCCUGAAGACGUUGCUCACGUUCUGGACUGGCUGGGGAGUUGUUUCCUCAAACUUGGAGGUGGAAAUAAUCGAUUGUGCCCUACCACAGUCAUCAACUUGUUUUUUGACUCUAAAGCUGUCAAAAAAUACUAUGAACUAUGAAGACUUUGUUCAUGACUUGAUGGCAAGCAUAUCCUCUUCCUACUCUGGAUUUGGUCAGAUUUGAGCCCUGACAGAGACAAAGGUUCAGAUCUCAUUUAGUUCUGUUCACAAGCACUGAUAGAGACAGUGACACAACAAGUUCAUAUCUAAUUUAGUUGUAUUUGUUCAAAGCACUGGUGGUAAUAAAAACAUUU